UCGAUUGGUUUGGUUCAUCCAAUAGGUUUCGGUGGUCUUUCGCACUCGGCCGAGAACUAGUUCAUUACUGAGGCUUGCAGUCGCUCAAAUCAGCUUUAACAAACUUCCAUCUCUUCAGUCCGAGAGGAAUUGGAUUCCUAACACACAGAGAGACAGAGAGAGCUACAAAAUAUAGUUACAGCAGAGAUGUGGAGGUCAGUCGCGGCAAGAUCAUCAAGAGCUUCUCUUUCGGCAAAGGCAGCACACAACUUCGGUGCAACCCAAAACCCCAAGGUACUCUCCUCUAAAACCCUAGUCCCACUUGCCCAAUCUUCUCAUUUCCCCGCUAGAUCCCCUCCCUGCCAAAACCCCAGGUUCUUCUCCCAGGUCUCAGAAGACCUUAGUUAUUCUGAUACCGCAGAACCACCGCCGCCGCCGUUUUCAGAAAAUGACGACGCCCAGAUGGACGGUUUUGCCCCUGGGGAUGGGGUUGAUGGGGUUUCGGAGCAACUGGGUUGUGGUGAAAUUGGGGAGUUAGGGGAAGAGGAAGAAGAGGUUCAUGAGAUUGAUGUGGAGAAAUUGGAGGGUUUGUUGUCUCUGCUUCAUAGUAGUGCUGAUGGGUCUCUUGAGUCUAGUUUCAGGGAUUUGGAUUUGACUCUACAUGAAGAAUUUGUGGUUAGAGUUCUUGAAACCCCACUUAUUGUGGGGGAGAAUUUGAUAAGGUUCUUCAAGUGGGGUUUGAAGGAGAAACCCGAAUUUAGAGUCAAUAAGCAGAUAUUGGAUGCUCUUGUGAUUGCAAUGUGUGGUGAAGUUGUGACCAAGAAAGAUAUGUAUUCUUUGUGGGAUUUGGUUAAGGGGGUUGGUGAGAAGGAGGGGAGUUUGUUGAAUGUGGAUAUUCUCAAUGUGUUGAUGUCUGCGUUCGCGAAAUUGGGUGAAGGGAAAGCUGCUUUGGAGGUGUUGAACAAGUUUGAUGAUUUUGGAUGCAUCCCCAAUGCGGAUUCAUAUUACUAUGCGAUUGAGGGGCUUUGCAGGAGUUCGGAUUUUGAUUGUGCUAAGGCUGUGUGUGAGAAGAUGAUUGGUGCAAGAAGCUCGCCGGAUGCUGAAAAGGUUGGUAGGAUCUUAUCUAGGUUCUGCAAGGCUGGAAUGGCGAAAGUGGCCCGUUCGGUGUAUUUGUUGUUGAAGGAGGAGAAGCAGUGCCGGCCUCGCUCAUCUGUUCAUUUUUUGAUCCGUUCACUUAGUAGGGAGGAUGAAAAUGUCAAAUUAGCUCUAGACUUGCUAGAGGAUAUUGAUGGUGAAGCACGGAAAUAUGCGAUAAAGCCCUUUUCUGCUGUUGUUCAAGGGUUAUGUAGGAUAAAGGAUGUUGCUGGGGCAAGAAAAUUGCUUCUUGAGAUGGCAAAAAAGGGUCCACCUCCUGGAAAUGCAGUUUUUAAUUCGGUUAUCAAUGGCUAUUCUAAGGCUGGGGAUAUGCAAGAUGCGAUAGAGAUGAUGAAGCUGAUGGAGAGUAGGGGCUUGAAACCAGAUGUCUUUACGUACACUGUUAUUAUGAGUGGUUAUGCAAAAGGUGGUCAGAUGGAGGAGGCAUGCAAUAUCUUAUCUGAAGCCAAAAAGAAGCAUGCCAAAUUGACUCCAGUGACUUAUCAUACACUCAUCUCCAGCUUUUGCAAACUGGAACAGUUUGACAAGGCUUUGGAGUUGUUUCAUGAGAUGAAAGAUUAUGGGGUCCAACCCACGACUGAUGAGUACAACAAGUUGAUCCAAUCUCUUUGCCUGAAAGCACUAGAUUGGGAAACGUCAGAGAAACUGCUAGAAGAAAUGAAAGAUAGCGGGUUGUAUCUUAAUGGAAUUACGAGAGGCCUCAUAAGAGCAGUCAAGGAACUGCAGACGGAGAAAGUAGAGACUGAGAAAAUAGUUGCAGAAGCAUAAAUGAUGUUAUAUACACAUGUAAAGAAAUUUAUAAGAUCUUGGGACAGAGGGUCUCAUGUGAAGCUGUGAUAGAGAUCGAAAGAAAAACGGGUGCAUUGGACACAUCAAGAUGGUAAAGGAGCAAAUUUUGAUAGCAUGGACACCCAAAGUGUUGCUUACCAUCCCCGUCUGAAGCCAGCUGUUGUGUCGUAACUGGAAUAGCAAAUGAAGGCACUUCCGGACCACCUAUUGGUCAUAUUGAUAUUGGUGUGACUGAGUGAGCUGUCCUGGUCUUCGGAGGAACCAAAUAAAUUUUCCUGUACUUUCUAUUUUUCAUUAUUUAUGUUCAUAUCUCAUGCUUGGUGCAUAAGCAUUGCACUGGGAUGCUCUUUUGAUUGCCUAGCUUAAUGUAAUAGAAGAUAGUGAUGACCAAGUGCGUAAUUCUUGGUCAAACAGGCACAUGAAAUGUGUUAUGGAAAGUAAA